UUGACAUCCACCACACACCCACGGGAACCGGAAGCCACCACCAUGACAAGGGACCAGAAUGGAACCUGGGAGAUGGAGAGUAAUGACAACUUUGAAGGCUACAUGAAGGCCCUGGAUAUCGACUUUGCCACCCGCAAGAUCGCAGUGCGCCUGAAUCAGACGAAGAUCAUUAAUCAAGAUGGCGAUAACUUCAAGACAAAAACCAACAGCACGUUCCGCAACUAUGACUUGGACUUCACUGUUGGAGUGGAGUUUGAAGAGAAUACCAAGGGCAUGGACAACCGGAAUGUUAAGACGCUGAUCACCUGGGAAGGCGAUGUCCUUGUGUGCGUGCAGAAGGGAGAAAAGGAGAACCGUGGCUGGAGGCAGUGGGUGGAAGGGGACAAGCUACACCUGGAGCUGACAUGCGGUGACCAGGUGUGCCAUCAGGUGUUCAAAAAGAAGUGAUGGCCACGAGGGGGCGUGCUCCACACUCCCAGUGCAGAGUUCUUCACUGGCUUUGAGAAGCGGCCGUGGGGACCUUCCUACUCCUGCAAGCCCAUUCAGGCAUCUGGGUCUGGGUGGGUUUUAAACAGAAUGAAUGUACAACAGUGACAGAUGUAUUCUUCCUGCUUUGAA